AUGGACAGUGUGAUGCAGCUCGCCCUGCAUGCUCAUUGUGCAGCAGACAGAAUAGAGAAUGUGCGCAAAUACUGGGACGAAGACUAUGUCAGAGCCCUUGAAGCACAAGUCCACUCGUUGCUCUUGGCUCUGGAAAAGCAAAGUGCCGGGAGUGAGCUGUCACCGGCACUGACUUUGUCUUCCCGCGCAUCACAAUCAGGGGAGCCUGAUGCCGCCGUGAAAGAGAAGCUCGACGGAGGAAACAGUGGUGCAGGAGACAGUAACGUUAAGGAUAUAUACCCUAAUGUGCGGGAUGGUUCCUCUCAUGAAGGCAACGGCAGCAGUGCCGGAAAAGACCCAUCGGGACAAGAUAGAUCUCAGCUGGCCAUGGAAGAGCUGUGUGUGAUGCUUUGGAGGACUAAUGUUGGCGAUGGAGUGACCAUCAUCGACGAUCCAAAGACUGGGUCUCAUUACGCGGUCGAGACUGUACAACAGACAGUGCCCCCGACCUAUCACGUUACUCCCACAGAACAUGUUCUCGCCUACUGCCGCCAACAGGGUCUCGUGAAUGAGAUGGCGAGCCUUUUUCUGAAAAACAUCAAUCGGGAACAUCAGUUCACCUCUUACACGACGCUUGACUUCCUUCAGAGUUACCCCUAUGAACCUCUCCACGAGGCAUUGUUACACAGUGCCAUCAUUGCCACGGGAACAACCUUCUCGCGAAGAACCGAUGCCGUGAUCAUUGGGGACGCGUUUGCGGAGUUUGCAGAGAGUCUCGUCUUCUCUUGCUGUCGACAGAACCCCACAGUCAAAGUCAUUCAAAGUCUCACGAUGAUGUCCUGGCGCUCGCUGGCCUUGGGCCGAGACCAUUUCUCAUGGAUGUAUAUCUCCAUGGCCGCCGGAAUGUGUGUGUAUCUUCGGCUGCACGUCUUGGCCCUGGAAGAGUGUGAAGCGAGACGGCUCGACGCUAGUGAGGAAGAUAUCCGUACAUUUUGGAUGUUCUACAUCGGUGAUCGGACUGCCAUCACUAUCCUGGGCCGAAAUUGUGCGCUUCCGUGGAGGAGGGUCAAUGUUCCCAACUUCGAUACGACGUUUGAGAGCUCAACAGCAGAUAUCUAUCAGUUAUCCUUUGCAUGGCAGUGCAGAUUGUGGUAUCUCCAUGAUCAAUAUAUGGAUCAGGUUUUUUCUACGUCCUUCGAGUCUCUUCCGAUAUCACAGCAAGUGCGCAUCCUCGUCGCAAGCCAGGAAAACCUAAACACAUUCUUCCGCUCUCGCCAUGACCGGCUUCAUCUAUCAGGCGAUUUGACCCCCAAGCCCGUUCUCCAAUUUCAUCUCGCAUACCAGAUGACGAUCCUUAUUACCAUGCCGCCAUUCCUACGCAUGUUUGCCGCCAUCUCCCAGCCUUCAUCGACCUCUGAGAGUGGGAAAGUUGCUGGGCCGAACUCAGAAUUCAUCCUUCUUGUUCUUCGCUCUCUUACAACGGCCGCAACGGCUGUUGCCCGUCUUGUACGCACCUACCGCCGCGGGCAUGGUUUUGAGGAGCCUCCAAAUCCGCUGAUUGUUCAUCACCUCCUCAGUGCAUCCGUCGUCCAUCUGAUGAAUGCAACAAGCCAGAAUCCAGCCCUUCGACACCAAAGCACGUACUGGCUCCGUCAAUGUCUCGAGCUUCUGCGGGAGCUCCAAACAUCAUGGCCGGAGCGUGCAAGCAAAAGCGUGAUGAUCAUUCGCAUCUUAGCUCAGCGCUGGGGAGUCAUGAGAGCUUUGCCAACGGAACUCGGUUACCAUGUCGACCCUGCGGCACCGGGAAGUGGGAGAGACUUCCGCAAAGCUGGUUACAACUCGAAUACGAAUGGGAUGGACACGGUGCCCCAACAAGGGAUGCACCGCCGGUGA